UUUUCCAAUAAUAAUUUAUGAGUACCAAAAUUUUGACUGAGACAUUAAACAAACCGAUAACGGUUUCCCGGUUGGAUAGAGAAAUUAGAGAUUUGUUUGUUUAUUUUUUUCAUUCAUGGGUGAAUGUUGAAAACCUGCCGUAUCAUUCACUUAUAAUACUAGAGAAAUUUCUCUUAUUCGAUUCGAUUCUUCCAAAACUUUGAAUAACCGAUUUAAUUUAUUCAUAAUUUGAAAAAGUAAACAAAUAGCGCCCACCAUUUGGUUUUUGAAACCCUAAUUACUUUUUAUUUUUAUUUUUUCCUUUGCUGGGUCUUGUUUCUACACGCUACCAGUUACACGAUUUGACUCAGUUCAAGCUUUCAAGGUCCCAAAUACUUUCUUGUGGAUUUUGAGUUUCUGGGUAUUUUCCGAUUCUUAAAUCCAUUGCUUUAAUUUCCUCCAAAUUUCGUGGGUUUUUGAUUGCUUGAAGAUUGGUUAAUGAAUUUUGAUGGGCUGGAAAGUGCAUAAAUGUAAUACUUGGUGCGAUUUAGAAGCAAGUUUUGAGCUGUGAUUUUGUUGGGUUUUUGGGUAUUGUUAGAUUUUCUAUAAUUUGGUGGUGUUUUUGCAUAAUUUGUUGUUGAUUUGAGGUGUGUGAAAGUAUGUACAUAUUAAAUUGAGGGUUCAAUUUAGCUGUGUCAUUGAUACAACAAUGGGAUGUGUAAGUAGUAAGCCCAAGGCUGUUGAAGAUGGUGGUGGGAGUCCUAGGCAGAGAGUACCGAGUAAGAGACUGUCUCGAACGACGUCUUCGAGUAGAGAAGGAGGUCCCCAAAUGAUGAGCAGAAGUGAUAGUAGAACGUCUUUGAUUGAUAGAAAGGCAAACACUUCGAUUCGAUUAUGUGAGGACCGUUCUGAGAAGAGUAGAGUGAAACCGGAAGAUGUUUUGGUGCAUCAAUCAGAUAUUAGCGUAAUUCCUAAAGCUUGGGAAGGUGAGCAGGUUGCUGCUGGUUGGCCUACUUGGCUUGCUAUGGCUGCUGGUGAAGCUGUCUCGGGUUGGAUUCCUCGGCGUGCAGACUCUUUCGAGAGAUUGAACAAAAUUGGGGAGGGAACUUAUAGUAGUGUCUACAAGGCUCGGGAUCUUAUAAAUGGCAAGAUCGUUGCUUUAAAAAGAGUAAGAUUUGAUAAUCUCGAUCAGGAGAGUGUAAAGUUCAUGUCAAGAGAAAUCCUUAUACUACGUAGACUAGAUCACCCUAAUGUAAUUAAAUUGGAAGGCCUAAUUGCAUCUGCUACGUCUAGCAGCUUAUAUCUUAUAUUUGAGUACAUGGAACAUGACCUUACAGGAAUCGCAUCACUUCCAGGCCUGAAGUUUACAGAGCCACAGGUAAAAUGUUUUAUGCAGCAGCUUCUUUCUGGCCUUGAAUAUUGUCAUAGACAUGGUGUAUUGCAUCGUGACAUAAAGGGUUCAAAUCUGUUGAUUGAUGAUUGUGGCAUCUUGAAAAUUGCGGAUUUUGGGUUAGCAACUUUCUUCGAUCCUUCGAAGAACCUGCCAUUGACAAGUCGAGUGGUCACUUUAUGGUAUCGACCACCUGAACUUUUGCUUGGAGCAACUCAUUAUGGGGUUUCAGUAGAUUUGUGGAGUGCUGGUUGCAUUCUUGGAGAAUUAUAUACUGGAAAACCCAUUAUGCCUGGAAGGACAGAGGUUGAACAACUGCACAAGAUUUUCAAACUUUGUGGUUCUCCACCCGAGGAAUUUUGGGAAAAAUCAAAGUUACCCCAUUCAACAGCUUUCAAACCUCAAAGACCUUAUCGAAGACGUGUUGCUGAAAGAUUUCAAGACAUAUCUGCUCCUGCAUUGUCUCUUGUCGAGACUUUACUCUCUAUAGACCCUGCCUCUCGUGGAACUGCUGCUUUUGCUCUUGAGAGUGAGUUUUUUACGUCAAAGCCCCAUGCUUGCGAUCCUUCAACCUUGCCUAAAUAUCCCCCUAGCAAAGAGAUAGAUGCAAGAAGACGUGAGGAAGAAAUCAGAAGACGUCAUGCUUCAGGAGGUAGGCAUGAUAGGGUUGACCAAGGAAAGCAAAGCUCACAAGAAUCUAUUGCUACUGUAUCGGCCAAAGUUAAUGCGGACUUUGUUUCAUCAUUGCAGAAAAAGAAGAGUCAAUCCCAAUUAAAGCCUCAAAAUGAGUUAUGGCCUGUUCAAGUGGAUUUUUCAUCUGGUUCUCCAGGUAAUUCAGAAGCUGUCAAAGAAGUGAGUAAAGAAAUCUUUGAUCGCCUUCACCAGAGAGGUGUAUAUUCAGGUCCAUUAGCUCGUGUGGAUCGAUGGUCAAAUGGUGAGGGGAAAAUGAAUAAUCCUCCAUCAUUUUCAAGGCUACCCAAUGUAACAACAUCAUCUAGUUUGGUGCCGAGUAGGACUUCAGUUAUUGAUGAUAAUCGCCGAAGAUUUGGCCUUUUGAAAAAUAAAAAGGCAACUGAUGCAGCAGAAAGAUUUUCAGGGCCUAUUAAUGAUUUCGAGGGAGUAAGAAAUGAUGAUUGGUUGCCCUACUCUGGAAGUAUGAUGGGUUCUCAUCAGCUUGAAGAAAAUACACAUCCAAGGAGAGCGGCUUUGCAAAGUCUUGGACCUGACAGUGACAGAAUUCACUUAUCUGGCCCACUACUCCAUCCUUCAAAAGAUCUAGAUCAGAUGCUUAAAGAGCAUGAUCGUCGAUUUCAAGAGGCAGCUCGUCGUGCUCGUCAUGAUAAGUUAAAGCACAACAAAGUGCUGGCUAGGUGAUUCGAACAGAUGCUUAAAGAGCAUGAUUAGUGAUUUCAAGAGGCAGCUCGCCAUGAUAAGUUUAAGCGCAACAAAUUGCUGACUAGAUAAUCCGAUUAAUUAAUACUGAUACAGGUCAAGUUUCAUUCAACCUUCCAUGUAAAUACACAUAUCAUCAACUUGUUGGGUGGUGGUGAUGAAAUUUUAUAUCAAGCAAUACAUAUGUAUAUGUAAAUUUGGUUAUAUAAGGCUCAUUAGCUAAGUUAUGUUCGUUUAAUUUCAUGAGCUAUUAUUAGCAAAGCUACUUUUUUUUUUUUAUAACCUCACCCAACCUCUUUUUUCAUCCUUUGGAGUGUUUUGUUGUACCCUACCGUUAUGCUAUAUAUCCAAAAAGUUGGGAGUUAAUACGU